AUGCCUGUCUAUCUAUCUCAGUGUUUUCAUAUCUAUCUAUCUAUCUAUCUAUCUAUCUAUCUAUCUAUCUAUCUAUCUCAGUCUUUUCAUAUCUAUCUAUCCAUCUAUCUCAGUCUGUUUAUGUCUGUCUAUCUAUCUAUAUUCGGAAACAUACGCGUACAGACAACCGCUUCUUCUUCUUCUUCUUCUUCUUCUUCUUCUUCUUCUUUAUUCUACAACAGACAGCCGCUUAUUGUUAAUAUUUCUUCGUCUUCUUUUUUCUUCUUUUUCUUUAUUCUACAGCAGACAGCCGCUUGCUGUUGCUGUUUUUAUUUCUUCUUCUUCUUCUUCUUCUUCUUCUUAUUAUUAUUAUUAUUAUUAUUAACAUUAAUAUUUAUUCUACAGCAGACAGCCGCUUCUUGUUGCUGUUUUUAUUUCUUCUUCUUCUUCUUCUUCUUCUUCUUCUUCUUCUUCUUCUUCUUCUUCUUAUUUUCCUGUAUUCUACAGCAGACAGCCGUUUGUUGUUGUUGUUCUUUCUUCUUCCUCUUCUUCUCCCUCUUCUUCCACUUCUUCUUCUUCUUCUUUAACGUUGUCAUUAUCAUAAUCACAUUUUUAAUUAAAAGUCUCUACUUCUCCUUUUCUUGUUUUUUCUUCUUUAAAAUUGGCAUCAUUACAAACAAGGUUUUACUUAAAAUCAGAUUCUUCUUCUUCCUUUCUUCUUCGAAAAGCGCCGCUUAA